UGUUUAUAGAAUAAAAUUUACAUAUAUAUUUUUUAAGAAGGCACAAAUUGCACAAACAAGGCAAUAUAAUAUAAUGGGCAAAUCAAUACACAUCGAGGUGGAACAUUGCGGCCUAUGUGCGGCACAUGCUAGGCAGUGCAGAUCGCUGCAAAAAUACAUAAUGAGAGAAGAGCCAGAUACGGAUCUGGUUUGUCGUACUGGCCGGCGCGGCUCAUUCGAGGUGGUCGUUAACGGUAUGUUGGUGCAUUCGAAAUUGAAAACGCAGGCUUUCCCAUCACAAGAUGAAAUUUUACAGCGCGUUAUAAAUGUGCGCGAAGGUCCGACUUCCAAGUACAUGGGAAUGGAAAAUUUUUGCUCAUUAAUGUAAAAUUAACUGUAAAAUGUAUGUAUAUACUUGUAUAAUUUAGUAGACAUUCAGUUUUCCAAUUUUAUUGUACUGCUUGUAUUUAUUCAAAAUAAUUUUAAAAUACAUCCCAAUAUCUGUAUAACCACAAAGAUAA